AUGGGAUCACAGUCGCAUUUUCCUCAUGUGCCGGCCGCGGGCGUGUGGUGCCCUGCCAUUACAUUCUUCGACCAGAGUCAGGAUGAGAUAGAUUUCAAUGCGCAGAACAAGUACUUUUCCCAUCUCUCCCGCUCGGGCCUGACGGGAAUCGUCGCCAUGGGCACCAACUCAGAAGCCUUCCUCCUAACCCGUGAGGAGCGGUACCAGCUUAUUGCCAACUGCCGUGCCUCUGUCGGUCCCGACUUCCCCAUCAUGGCCGGCGUCGGGGCCCACUCGACCAAGCAGACCAUCGAGCUUGCGCAGGACGCUGCCAAGGCCGGCGCAAACUACCUUCUCAUCCUGCCUCCAGCCUAUUUUGGAAAGGCCACCAGCAUGGCCAUCGUCCGCAGCUUCUUCGCCAAGGUCGCCGCCAGUGUUUCUCUUCCCGUUGUCAUCUACAACUUCCCCGGUGUCUGCAACGGCGUCGAUAUCGACUCAGACACCAUUGUCGCCAUUGUCAAACAGAGCGCCGCUGCCAGCUCCAACGGCAUAUCCAACAUUGUUGGCGUCAAGCUCACCUGCGGGUCCGUGGGCAAGAUCACCAGACUGGCCGCCGAGCUUAGCGCAUCCGAAUUCUCUACCUACGGUGGCCAAUCCGACUUCCUCAUUGGCGGUCUCGCUGCUGGCAGUGCUGGGUGCAUUGCUGCCUUUGCCAAUGUCUCCCCCAAGCUCACCAGCGAAAUCUACCGUCUCUAUAAAGAGGGAAAGUACGCCGAAGCCACGGACCUUCAGCAGAAGGCGGCCCUUGCCGAGAGACCUUGCAAGGCUGGAAUUGCCGCCACAAAGUACACUGUUUCCCAGUCCACGGCAAGACUAGCAGGGAUUGAGGAUGCUGAGCAGAAGCUUCUGCCAAGGCAUCCAUACGAAGGACCAGGCGAAGGGGUAAAGGAGGGAGCACGCCGAGCCAUCGCGGAAGUGGUUGGAAUAGAAACGAAACUUUUGCAAUGA